UGGCAAAAUGCAGAGAACUUAUUCAAUUUGAAGUUUGCCGUGAAGGAGUUGGAAAGAAACUCGAAGAAAUGUGAAAAGGAAGAAAAGAUUGAGAAAACAAAGAUCAAGAAGGCGAUACAGAAGGGUAACAUGGAGGGUGCUCGCAUCCAUGCAGAGAAUGCAAUUCGACAGAAAAACCAGGCCCUGAAUUAUCUCAGAAUGAGUGCUAGAGUGGAUGCAGUGGCUAGUAGAGUGCAAACUGCAUUGACAACUCGUAAAGUUACCCAAUCCAUGGCUGGUGUUGUCAAAGCUAUGGACGCUGCUAUGAAAUCGAUGAAUUUGGAGAAAAUCUCUGGACUUAUGGACAAAUUUGAGAGUCAAUUCGAGGAUCUGGAUGUGCAAAGCUCAUACAUGGAGAAUGCCAUGUCACAAACCACAACUACCAAUGUACCUCAGAAUGAUGUAGAUUCUCUGAUGCAGCAAGUUGCAGACGAAGCUGGAUUGGAGUUAAACAUGGAACUUCCAUCGGGUCAACUUGGCAGUAUUGGCACUUCAACAGCAGUAAGCCAGGAACAGGAUGAAUUAACACAGAGAUUGGCACGACUUAGAGAGUAAUGAUAAACUGCUUUAAUGUAUAUUGUAAUUCAAGUGUUUUAUAAAUUAUGUAAUAUAUCCCCAAUAUUAUUAUAGUAAGCAUUAUAGUGUCAUAUAAUAAUACAUGUAUUUUCCAAAUCUCAACUCUAAAGGAUAAAUCCAAACAAAUAAGGAAGGAAUAACAGAACAUUCUUAGAUUUAAAACAGCCUGGUAGUGUACAUGUAGCACACAUUCGGCUUCAGUAGAUAUACAAAAAUGUUACAAGCUACAUUGGCUUACAGAUCGAUGAAGCAUCGAGUCCAUAGACAAUUGGUAUCUUGCUAUUCAUUUCGUAGAUUUCCAAUUUUACAAAAUUUUAUUUUUCAUAAGCAUUAACUAAAAUAUGUGAUUAAUUAACAUUAUCUGCUUCUUUUAAAACAAAAAAUUAAAGUUAAGAUUAAUUUUAAUAAUAAACUCACUGAAUUUUUUAUUAAUGUACUUUAUAAUCGUGAAAGGCAAUCUCAUGAAAUACUUUCACUAUAAAAAUCUGUUGUACAUUAUAUAAUAGGAAAUAAAUAUUUAUUGUUCAUUAA